GCCCCUUUGGACUAUGGAACGGAAGAUAGCAAUUCAUACGGCCAAGUUCCGGAUGAUUCUCAAUACUAUUCGGCUCCAUCGUAUCCUUACGACUAUGCGGGAUAUUCUGGCUACUACGUAUCAGAGGACGGAGAACUCGGCAGUGGAUGCACGGAGGGCCAAGGAUGUGGAGACAUCAAAAUUGAUGAUGAGGAACGUGUAAGAAUCCAACAAAUGCCGGAAUUCGAGGCGGGCUAUGAUGAUCAAACUGAUCCGCGCACAUGGGGAAUUGUCUCCGGG